AUUCAACACAAAGUGCGACUCACUAUUCUAGCGACUUAUAGGUAUAGCAGCUGCCUAUUCCAUUCCCACGAUGACUCACUCUCAGCCGGCCAAAGUGGCAAACCCAAAAUGACGGUAAAAGAAGUUAAAGUUACGGAUCAAUUCUUUCAAAUGACUUGAACAGCUAAGAACCGAAAUUCAGAAGCCUUUGCACUUUUAGAAUUUGUUUCCUUCUCCAUAAAAUUUCUUCCUGGAGUGAUCUUCACUUCACUUUCUAGAUUACACUUCCUUUUAUCCUUUUAAAUCAAUUUCUUGUAUGAGAAGUCUAACCAUGCCUGGCCGGAGAGACAAAUCCGGCCAAUCAACUCGCGGAUCUCGAAUCGGGGCGGCGAUAGCUGUCGGGGUUCUGAUGGGCUGCAUCUUUGCUUUCUUCUACCCCAAUGGAUUCUUCCCAGCCAAUGUCCCCCAGACCGAAAGUCGCAAGCUCUCCAAACAUAAUCUUCAGGUUGACUCUUCCACAUGUGAAUCUCCUGAGCGGGUGAAUUCGUUGAAACUAGAUAUCAUGAAAUUGUCUAACAAGAACUCCGAGUUACAGAAGCAAGUGAGGGAGCUAACUAGUAAGUUGCGUUUGGCAGAGCAGCAAAAGGGGAACGUAGAUCAACAAAUUGCCGUGUUGGAUAAACCCCAAAAACCCGGUCCAUUUGGCACUGUCAAGAGUCUGAGAACCAACCCUCCUGUCAUUCCAGACGAAUCCGUCAACCCAAGACUGGCUAAGAUCUUGGCAGAAGUUGCUAUUGGGAAAGAGAUCAUAGUUGCACUAGCAAAUUCGAAUGUGAGAUCCAUGCUUGAAGUAUGGUUUACAAGCAUUAAAAAGGUUGGCAUAUCAAAUUAUCUAGUUGUGGCUUUAGACGACCCCAUUCUGGAUUUUUGCAAUGAAAACAAAGUCCCGGUUUACAAGCGGGACCCAGAUGAGAUGGUUGAUUCUGUAGGGAAAAUUGGGGGGAACCAUGCAGUGUCUGGAUUGAAGUUCAGAAUCUUGAGAGAGUUUCUACAGCUGGGUUAUAGUGUCCUCCUCUCUGAUGUUGACAUUGUUUAUUUACAGAAUCCUUUUGACCAUUUGUAUAGGGAUUGUGAUGUGGAGUCGAUGAGCGAUGGGCACAACAACAUGACAGCUUAUGGAUACAAUGAUGUCUUCGAUGAACCUGGAAUGGGAUGGGCACGUUAUGCUCAUACGAUGCGGAUAUGGGUGUAUAAUUCCGGGUUCUUCUACAUAAGGCCAACCAUUCCUUCAAUCGAACUACUUGACCGAGUUGCUGAUCGGCUUGCCCGGCAGGCAAAGGCGUGGGACCAAGCGGUUUUCAAUGAGGAGUUGUUCUUCCCGUCACAUCCAGGGUAUGUUGGACUUCAUGCUUCUAGGAGGACCAUGGAUAUAUACCUUUUCAUGAAUAGUAAGGUCUUGUUCAAGACUGUGAGGAAAGAUUCUAAUCUCAAAAAGUUGAAGCCGGUUAUAAUUCAUAUAAAUUACCACCCCGAUAAACUUCCCA